AUGGUUGGUAGGAGAGUGGUUGUUUUCCCCACAUCAGCGGAGUUGGGCCCAGCGUUGGCCCGCCUGGUUACCUCUCGGGCAGAGCAGGCGGUCACUUCCCGGGGCAGGUUCACCCUUGGCCUGUCUGGAGGGAGCCUGGUGACCAUGCUUGGCAAAGAGUUGUUGGCUUUGCCAAGCUUGGACUGCAGCAAGUGGGUGGUGGGCUUCUGCGACGAGCGAGUAGUGCCAUUUGACAACCCUGACAGCACCUACGGCCUCUACAAGAAUGUUUUAUUUUCAAAGAUCAACAUACCGGAUGACGCAAUCUUAGCCAUCGACUUCUCACUGCCAGUCAACGAGUGUGCUGAGGAUUAUUCUCGCAAACUGAAAAAGGCUUUCCCUGACGAUAACAUCCCCGUGUUUGACCUAUUGCUGCUGGGGAUGGGCCCCGAUGGACACACGUGCUCCCUCUUCCCGGGACAUCCUGUUCUGGAAGAGAGCCAGAAGAUGGUGGCUCCCAUUAGUGACUCUCCCAAGCCACCGCCAGAACGCGUCACCAUGACCUUUCCGGUGGUCAACGCUGCCCGGUGCGCAGCUUUCGUGUCCACCGGGGGAAGCAAAGCACCUGUUUUGAAGGAGGUACUGGAGGGGCGAGAGGGUCCGCCGUACCCAGCAGCCCGUGUCUCUCCAACCAAUGGGGAGCUUUUAUGGCUCAUUGACGAACCCGCUGCCGCCUCUUUGACGAUGAAGGUGGAGAGGUUGAGUUCUGGAGACAAACUUUAG